AUGUCCAAGCCAAUACUCACUUAUUUCAGCUCGAGAGGGAAAUCAGAGUUGAUUAGAAUUAUUCUUGCUGAUUGUGGAGUUGAUUAUGAUGAAGUCAAUGUUGGAGUUUGGCAUCCAACUGAAAAAUCCGAUGCUUUUAAACAACUUGUAGAAAGUAAAACUCUUGCUUUUGACUCACUUCCAAGUUAUCAAGAUGAUCAAAUCUUACUUGUCCAAUCAUCUUCAAUUGUUAGAUAUUUGGGUAAGAAAUUUGGAUUGGCUGGUAAAGAUCUCGUUGAGGAAAGUCUCAUUGAUCAAUAUUAUGAAGGAAUUUUGGAUUUGAAUGUUUUAUUGAGAUCGGCCUUUACUGCCUCAUAUCCAGUUUCUUCUGAAAUCACCAAUGAAAGUAUCGAGCAAAAGAUUCAAAUCAUUUUGAAGGAGAAAUUACCAAAAUUAUUGCAAUUCUUUGAAAGAGCAUUGGAAGGUGGAAAGGAAUAUCUUGUUGGUGGUAAAAUUUCAUAUGCAGAUAUUGCAUUAUUCUAUGCUUUGGAUACUUAUACAGAAGUUUUGGGAAGCUACUUUGAAAAUCAAUUGAAUAGUGGUGAGGAAUUGAAGAAUUUGAAACAAUUACAUGCAAGAGUUAAGGCAAGAGAAGGUAUUCAAAAGCAUUUGAACAAUCCUAAUAGAUUCCCUAAACAAUCACUUCCAGGUUAUGAAAAGAUAGCUCAACAAUUACAACAAUAA